ACAUCACAGCCUUUGAAAAAAAUGUAAACACGAGAGAAUAAAAAUGAGUUCAGUCGCAAAAGUUGAAGAGCAAACAAUGAUAUGAAUUUGUGGACAAAUAUAUUGCUCAUGUUUGUAGCAUCAAGCGUUGGACAUGAAUUUCAAGUGGAGAAAAAAUUGACUGAUUAUGAUUUCAUUGAGAUGGGGAGUAGUGAUAAUGUGACAGAAGGCGGUAAUGACACAUGCACAAACGAUUACUGCAUAAGCGAUGAGGCAUAUAUUGACCUCAUUGCGGAUUACCUGACGCCACGGGGAUGGGAUUUGGUCCUCAUUGGCAUCCACAUAACAGUCUUCAUCGGGGGAAUCAUCGGCAACUCGUUGGUGUGCGCCGCAGUUUACCGGAAUCACACAAUGAGGAAUGUCACCAAUUACUACAUUGUCAAUUUGGCGGUUGCGGACUUGAUGGUUAUCAUUCUUUGCUUACCACCGACUGUUCUGUGGGACGUCACAGAGACGUGGUUCCUGGGCAACUGUCUCUGCAAAGUCAUUCCCUAUCUCCAGACAGUUUCUGUCAGUGUCAGUAUCCUCACGCUUACCUUUAUAUCGAUCGACAGAUGGUACGCAAUAUGCUUCCCGCUGAAGUUCAAGUCAACGACAAAGCGGGCAAGACGAACCAUUCUGGUCAUCUGGAUAUUCUCAUUAAUUUUUGACAUUCCGGAUCUGAUUGUACUCAAGACCGCUCCCGCACCCCAUCUACGGGUCGAAACAAUUUUUUACACCCAGUGCACAGUGUCGUGGAGUCAAAACAGCGAAAGAAUAUUUGCGCUGACAAAACUUGUUCUAUUGUACGGCGGUCCUCUCCUGUUCAUGACAUUCACGUACUGUCGUAUUAUCCGGGUUCUAUGGAGGAGUAGAAUACCAGGAUAUCAGAGUGAGCAACGCAUUUUUAUUUUUAACAUCAAGUCUUGUGCACAGAGCAAAACGAUCCAAUUGUCUCAAUUCAAACUUUCGAAAUCUAUCAUUACAGUGGCGAGAAAUCCUGCACCAAUAACUGAGUCGACUGUUUCAAUACACGAAAAUUUUGCCGGCCAAUUGGCGUCUAGGCGGAAAGCUGCGAAAAUGCUCAUCGUCGUGGUGCUGGUCUUUGGUCUAUGUUACCUCCCUGUUCAUAUUCUCAUUGUUCUCAGACAAACUAUUGGACUCCCCUCGACCGAAACGAAUGUAACUUGCAGCCUCAUCGCCCACUGGUUGUGUUACGCUAAUAGCGCAAUAAAUCCCAUUAUUUACAAUUUCAUGAGUGGAAAAUUUAGAAAAGAAUUUCGGCGUUCAUUCCAAUGCACUCCAAGAGGUUCCAAUGACCGUAGAAUGCACAAAUGCACUCUCCCGUACUGCCCUCCAGAUUCUCGAUCUCAACCCUACCGGAAUAUACCAAUUGAGGUGAAUUUCCAGACAUUACAAGGCACCAGCGAAAUCAUCCCUCUCAGCAUGUGCAUCAGUCGAUCUCGAUAGAUCAAAAGAAUUUAGCGAGGUGAUAUGCAAAAACUAAACGCAUUAUCUUUUUUUCGAAACUUUCUGUUGUCGCUAAAAUCUGAAGAUGUCCCCUACGAAACCCAACAGCGUGUUUCGAUUCUUUUUGUUAUUUGGCCACUUUAGGAGAGAUUUGGCCGCACUGUCGCAGAUGGGACACCCUGUAUAUUUAUCUGC